AUGCACUGCAGAAACAUCGCAAUUGCCCUGGCUGUGGCCACAGGCGUCACUGCCCAGCGCCCCGCCGACACUCCCAUCUGCGACUAUUAUACUACGGCUUUGUUAAAGAACAACACUGGUGCGAACCAGUAUACGCUCUUGACACUUUUGGUAAACACUGUUGUUAUUGGAAACUACACAAUGCCCAACGUCGGUAUCAAGGUCGAUGGCAUUCUGGCACCUGGAAUGUACAACGGAAGCGAGGUCAAUCUUCUGCCUUAUUUCAAUGGAGACCUGGCUUCAUCAAACCGAGGCGGCAGCUCCGGCGUGUCAGUCAACUUCUUGGAUGGCGGCGGUGCUGCGCCCUUGAUGAAGAACAUGCCUGCCAACGACGACACGUCCAAACAGUACUUCCUCCUGACUCACCUGUACCAAUUCUUUGGUGCCCUUCUCGGCUGCUCCCAAUACGGUAUGACCGGCUUCCCCAAGUAUAGCGGCUUUGCUUCCAUGUAUGAGGUACAUAAGUUUAUGGACCUGGACGAGAACGAGUUGGGUUACUUCAUCAGCCAGGUUGCCAUGGCUGCCGCCUCCUUUGGCGUCGCUCAGGAUGACUUGAAGGUAGUCGGCAUGGCUUUGUAUCAAUUGUUUGGCAUGCGCUGCAGUCCGCCUGCCACAGCCAUCCCAGAGCAGGGUCCUCAAUUGCAGGCAAUCUGCAUCCAAGAUAGCUGCCCCGUCUCUACCAACGCUACUUGCGCCAGUUAUCAGCCCGCCAUGGCCCCAAACAAUGCAACUGCAACGGGAGGCAUGAAUGCCACCACAACUGCAAACACGACUGGAGCUACCACGACCUCGACAAUGGCACCCAGCACUGUUCCAACGGCUGCUGCUGCGAUUCAGGGCGUCAGCUUGGCUCUCAUCGCCGGGUUCAUGGCUUGCCUCAUUUGA